AUGUAUAGCAAAGUCAAAAUACGAUGUGGUCGCCUAAUAGGAAUUAUAAGUAGAAAUUUAAGUUCUGCUGAAAUAUCUACUGCUUUAAGACCCUUCUACUUUAGUGUUCACCCUGAUCUUUUUGGGAAGUACCCAGAACAAAGAAAAACAAAUGAACAUUCACUUCAACAAUUAAGUGCUUUGUUGGAAGCACAGCAAUCUAGUCGUAAUAUGACAAUACCAACACUACCAUUUUAUUUACGUCAAAAGGAUAUGCCCGAAGGUAACUUCAAACUAGUUAACAUUAAUCUUAAUAGUAAAAAUGUUAGAGAAACUGUUGUGAAGAUUUUAAAUGCUUGUGAUAUAUCAACUAAUUAUGUAGACAAAAUACCAAGGAGCAUACCCAAAUCUAUUAACAGGGAUAUAGAUUUCACACAGGCUUAUAAAGAAUAUGAUACGGAAUUUGAAAAGACUGUACGAAUGAAAAGAAAAGUGGAGGAAAAGAAAGCUAUAACUAACAUAAUUGACUGGAUAUCUGAUAAUAGUUCGCAUGGCAGAGAAAAGUAUGAAUUGACAAGUGCAACACGAGAACAAGUGAAAUCUCUUAUAAAUGAGCUCUGCAAUAUGUAUGGUAUAAAAGAAGUAAAGUAUGACAGUGGUUGGAAUAUCAGUCACAUUAGAGGUGCCUUGCAGAGUCUAGUGUCUAUGGCCUCACAACAUUCAAUGCACAUGAAGAAUUUGAAAGGUAGAACUAUUGCAUUGGGACAAUUCACAGGUGUCAGUUUGGACGGUGAUGUUUUUCUCAAUAUAAUUGAUGUUAGAAAUGAAUGGCUAUCGCUUAUCAAAAAAGUUAGUCAAGAAGAUGGUGCCUUAACUGAAAUUCCGAAUUAUGAGAAAGCUUUAUCUAGUAUUUUAAGAGAUAUUCACAUAUGUAGAAGAAAGUUUAUGCCCAAAGUAUCGGCAGCCCAAUACUGUAGUCAUCUACGUCAAUUGAUCACAUCCAUUGGGGAUUUCUAUGGGAGUGGCAAGAAAUUUCCGGAAUCUGUGCCAGAGUCACUCAGCAAAUAUGAAAUCGUAGUAGAGCCUGAAGCUGGUCCAUUGAUGGUGUCCCCCACUGGCCAGUUCAUCACCCCAUCAUCGUGCCCAGCCGAUGAACUCAUAGCAUUCAUCACUCAUCAUUUAGAUGAGGCCACUUUGUUACUUACUGAAUACAGCAUCAAUAAACACGUUGAGAAGAAGCUAUGUAAAGAGGUCAAGGAACGUUUUGGUCUCAUAGAUUUAAACAAAGACGACAGCAUCACUCCUGGGCUUAUGAUUAUGUGUUGUCAGAGACUUCUCACGAGAAUAGAUAAACUUGAUACGAAAUUAAAAGGGAACAUUCUGUAUGUGACACAUUACUACUCAGUUUUGUCCGAGGGUGUGUUAUGCAUACCAUGGAAUUUCAAAUGA